GGCGGACAGGCGUUUCUCCCUGGUCCUGUAGGAGAGCUUUAGAGAGGCGCACCUGGCUCCAUGUGUCGUCCCUCCUCGGACUCGGACCCGGGCUGUGUGUGUGUCCGAAGGAGCUCCCUCUCCGCUGUCCUCUGUGCACGCGCUGUGUAAUUCCUUUUCCGAAAGCACCAGCAGAGAAAGAGACGCUUCCUCCCUGCCACCAUGAGCGUCCAGCCCAGGAGGAUACGCUUGAAGCCAUGGCUGCUGGCUCAGGUAAACAGUGGGAAAUAUCCAGGCCUGCACUGGCUCAAUAAGGAGCGACGCUUGUUCCAGAUCCCCUGGAAACACGCCACACGCCACCUACCCACCCUAGAGGAGGAAAACACUAUUUUCAAGGCCUGGGCUCUGGAGACGGGGAAGUACCAGGAGGGGGUAGACGAGCCAGAUCCUGCCAAGUGGAAGGCCAACCUCCGCUGUGCCCUCAACAAGAGCCGAGAGUUCAACCUGAAAUAUGACGGCACCAAGGAGACCCCCAUGCAGCCCUUUAAGAUCUAUGAGGUGUGCGACCAGCCAGUCAAUGGAGAUGGAGGUGAGGACGAUGAGGAAGAGAUACUGAACUUCGAGCAGCUCUCUAUCAACCCUCGAAUCGCUGAACCUCCAAGCUACCCAGCGUUCCAACCCAACCCUGUGGAUCCGUUCCUCCAACCUGUCAUACCUCCUGAAUUCCCUGGACACAGCCAUUUAGCUCCUACUGUAAAACAGGAGGAAUAUAUACUUGGGGAUUGUCUCCCUAAUGGACUUGGGAUGGGUACUGGAGUUAUACCGCCACCUGCUGUCCCACAUGCAGUCAGCAUGCCAGGGGUCAUAGUGGACAGUCCUAUGCAGGAGGUGCAACCCCAAGCGGAGAGCCAGGUCCAGCCCUGCAUCUCUGAGCUGCUGUGCAGUCCUCAUAUGCUGCCCUUAACUGACCUUGACAUAAAGUUCCAAUACCGGGGCCGGUCAGUCGGCUCUCUGACGGUCAGUAACCCCCAGGGCUGUCGGCUCUAUUAUGGCAACUUGGCCCCAACGCCGGAGCAGGUGGAGCUGUUUGGGCCCGUCACUCUCCACCAGGUGCUUUUUCCUGGAACCGCCGAGAUCCAGAACGAGAAACAGAGGUUCUACACGGAACACCUGCUGGACGUGAUGGACAGGGGGCUGAUCCUUGAGAUCCGCGGGCAGGAUAUCUACGCUGUGCGUCUGUGUCAGUGUAAAGUGUUCUGGUCAGGGCCAGGGGUGCCUGAAGGGGGCCCACCCAACCCCAUGGAAAGGGAGCGCAAGAUCAAUGUUUUCAGCCUCAACAAUUUCCUGCAGGGGCUGAUCCUGUACCAGAAAGGGGAGGCGCCGACCCCUCCUCCCUUUGAAAUUUACUUCUGCUUUGGCGAGGACUGGCCUGACCGUAAGCCCAAAGAGAAGAAGCUCAUCAUUGUCCAGGUGGUGCCGGUGGUAGCAAGGAUCCUUACUGAGAUGUUCUCGGGCGAGCUCUCCUGGUCCACAGACAGCAUCCGCCUGCAGAUCUCCAACCCCGACCUAAAAGACCAGACUGUGGAGCAGUUUAAGGAGCUCCACAGACUGCUGCAGAAUCAACACACGCAGGGCACAUGGCCUCAGAACCUCCAGUAACUCAACGUCCGCAGCACUCUGGACCAGUCAGUGGAGGAGGAAUGUAGCUGCCCUUGCAUUUAGCAUAAAGGGUGCUUUUGGGAUCGGCUUCAUUUUGUGCACGACACAGUGGCCUAAUAAGUGGCAUAGAUGCGCAUACUUAACCAGUUAGUACAUUAAUGACUAUACUUGGUUUGAAACCGGGCUUGAUUGCUCAGAUUUCUGAUUUCUGGAUGUUUUGAAAGUAGCUCCCAUGGAUGCUGUUCAGGGAGUAUAGUAGAAAUGUUUUGAGCCCAUAAUGCACUGCAGCUGGGGUAGGGGGCAGGUAGCAUAGUUCCAAUGAAAAGGUGCUCAUUUUGGUCAAUGCCAAAGUAAUUAUAGUGAUUAAUCAGUACUUGGUAUGAGCUUUUGUCCUUGGUCCUUCACGUCUUUGGUCACAUGGUGUAGAUGCAUACAGCACUGCAUUAAAACACAAUGAACCCUCACUAACAUGUCCAUUUGGACUAUCAGGGCUUGUUUCCAUGUGAUUUUAGGCUUCGACUUGGCCUCAAUAACAAUGGCAAGUGCUAGGGUUAUUUCUCCUGCAAAAGCCCUCUAGCACCAGGUUUCUUUGAGAACCAUAGGACCCAUAUAUUGUGCAUCACUGAGCGCUCCUGCAAAAAAAGCCCUUUCGUUUUAACCCAAUUUGAAAUGUAUAUUUGUUUUUGAGCUUAAAUUGGUUUCUUUUAACACUGUAUUUCAAUAAAUACCAUAGCAGUAUUUUAGUGUAGGCAUCAUUCAGCUGAUGCUCCUUGGUAAUUGUUAUUCAGUUCCUCCUUUGCUUUCUGAUAUUGUUUCAGUGAAUGUGUUUGGCCUGCAAACGUCUGGAACCGUUCACCUGAAUGUAUAGAGGAACAUAACCUGAACAUACACUAUUACCACAGUUGUACAAGUUUGAAAUAAGCUUAUUGUGCAUCUCAUGCAAAUGUGGACUCUAAAGAAAGCCAUGUGUUAAUAUCAUACAAUGCUAAAGUAACAUUGUUUUCCAUUAAAUUUAGUACGUUAUCACCUUA